AGCCAGAAAGAAACAAUCAGGAAGCUGUGAUGAAGAAUGACUUGGGGUGGGAGCUGGGGCUGUCCUGGAUUAAGUGGGCAAGGAAGGCCUCGCUGAGGUGACUUGAACUGAGGCCUGAAGGAGGAAGAGUAUUCCAGGCAGAGGGAACAGGUGCAAAGUAAAAGCAACUUUAGGAUGUAUGAGGAACCUGGGGCAUCUGGGUGGCUCAGGUGGUGGUGGCUCAGCCGGUUAAGCUUUCAACUUCAGUUCAGGUCAUGAUCUCACAGUUGGUGGGUUGGAGCCCUGCAUCACGCUUUCUGCUGUCAGCAGGAGCCUGCUUCAGAUCCUCUGUAUCCCUCUCUCUCUGCUUCUCCCCCCCUCAAAAAUAAAUAGACAUUUAAAAAAAAAAAAAAAAAAAAGAUGUGUAAGGAACCCAAGAGAGGCCCACUGGGGCUGAAACAUGGGAAGCAAUGGGGAGAGGGACAACAGAUGAAGUACUGAGGUAAGGAAGGGGCAAGACCUUAAUACUGCAGAAUUGCUGAUAAGCUGCUUUGGACAUUAUUUCGAGGACUAGAAGCGUCCACAGAGUCACCUAGAAAAAGACUACAGCAGUUACUUCAUGACAUGUGCUGGCAGCCUGCUAGGCUAGAAUGGAGAGACGUGGGCACUGGGCAGUACUUUAGGGGAUAGAGCCAACAGGUGGAGUCGGGCAGGAGACAUACUGGAGGCAGGAAACCACGCAGAAGCGGUACAGCCGAGGUAGAGCUGCUGCAGGAAGAGCUGGUGGGGGCGAGGUGACCCCAUCCCCGUGCGGGUCGAUUUGAUGUCCUAGGAGGAAGCCUAGGCCACCCGAGUCCGGUACUCAGGGCAGACCCGUGAGCCGCAGGCGGUGAAGGAGAAAGUUCUGGGAGUCCAAAGAGGGCUAACUGCAGCCGGAAAAGCGAGGGGGGCGGGGGCGGGGCCGGAGCCUGCGCAGCGCGCGCAGGCGCUGGACUAACCGUUUCCAUGGCGGCGCGGACCCACGCGCCCCAACCACUCCGCAACGGCUGUAUCCAAGACGUCGACCCUGCGAGUCUCGGUCGUCCUCGAGAGCUUCAGCACCCUCACUUCAGCGUCGGCUGCUGCCCAGGGUCAGCUGAAUCCUGCCUUCCCGCUCUCGGUCCCCGGCCACAACAUGGGCGACCUGGAGCUGCUACUGCCGGGGGAGGCUGCCGUACUGGUGCGGGGGUUGCGCAGCUUCCCGCUGCGCGAGAUCGGAUCCGAAGGAUGGAACCAGCAGCAUGAGAACUUGGAGAAGCUGAACAUGCAGGCCAUCCUUGAUGCUACAGCCAGCCAGGGCGAGCCCAUCCAGGAGCUGCUGGUCACCCAUGGGAAGAUCCCGAUGCUAGUUGAGGAGCUGAUUGCAGUGGAGAUGUGGAAGCAGAAGGUGUUCCCUGUGCUGUGCAGACUGGAGGACUUCAAGCCCCAGAACACUUUUCCCAUAUACAUGGUGGUGCACCAUGAGGCCUCCAUCAUCAACCUUCUGGAGACAGUAUUCUUCCACAAGGAGGUGUGUGAGUCAGCAGAGGACGCUGUCUUGGACUUGAUAGACUACUGCCACCGAAAACUGACUCUACUGGUGGCCCGGAGUAGCCAUGGUGGCCCUCCUGAAGAGGAGGAGUGCCAGUCCAGCACCCCCAUGCAGCUUGAGCACCAUGUCGCCCCCCAGGAGCUGCAGAAGCAGGCAGAGCUGAUGCAGUUUGAGAUCGCAUCGAAGGCCCUCUCAGUGCUGCGCUACAUUACAGACUGUGUGGACAGCCUUUCCUUGAGCACCUUGAACCGCAUGCUCAGUACCCACAACUUGCCCUGCCUCCUGGUUGAACUGCUGGAGCACAAUCCGUGGAGCCGGCGGGAAGGAGGCAAGCUGCAGCAAUUUGAGGGUGGCCGUUGGCAGACAGUGGCCCCCUCAGAGCAGCAAAAGCUGAGCAAGUUGGAUGGGCAGGUGUGGAUUGCCCUGUACAACCUGCUACUGAGCCACGAAGCCCGGGCCCGCUACUGCUUCACCAGCUUUGCCAAGGGACAGCUACUCAAGCUUCAGGCCUUCCUCACAGACACACUGGUCGACCAGCUUCCCAACCUGGCAGGCCUGCAGGGCUUCCUGGCCCACCUGGCCCUGACUGAAACCCAGCCCCCUAAGAAGGACCUGGUGUUGGAACAGAUCCCAGAAAUCUGGGAGCGGCUAGAGAGAGAGAACAGAGGCAAGUGGCAGGCUAUUGCCAAGUACCAGCUGCGGCAUGUAUUCAGCCCCUCAGAGCAAGACCUGCAGCUGCAGGCACGAAGAUGGGCUGAGACCUACAGGCUGGACGUGCUAGAGGCAAUAGCUCCAGAGCGGCCCCGCUGUGCCUACUGCAGUGCAGAGGCCUCCAAACGCUGCUCGCGAUGCCAGAAUGAAUGGUAUUGCUGCAGGGAGUGCCAAGUCAAGCACUGGGAGAAGCACGGAAAGGCUUGUGUCUUGGCAGCCCAAGGUGACAGAGCCAAGUGAAGGCUACAGCCGCUGAGGGCCACCCACCCAUGCGGUACAACCCACUCAGAAUGUGCCCUGGACCUCAGGAUCUCAGCCUAGCGUCUGCCCGAGCCCCAGCUUCCCAGGUGGUGAGCACAACGGGGGAAGGGUACAGCUGCCGCCCCAUCUCCUCCAGUAAAGCGCUCCCCACUUCCUGCCCUACCCAGCGGGUAGGCUGAGGGCGCUGCCUCAGCAAGCAGGAGGCCUGGGCGGGGGCAAAGGCAAGGGCCGGAUGUGGGGACCCUGUUGGUCUAGCACAGUAAAGCUGGCCUCUAGAAACA